UAAUUCUCUUCUAUGUAUGUUUUGUUUCUCUUUCUGUAGGAUUGACAGCUAUAAACUAGAGUAUCAGAGGAGCAAUAUACUGAUAAAGGAAAGUGUGUAUGUGUGUGCGUGUCCAUUCAUUGCCGGAAGAUGUCUGCUCUUUCUAAUUAUGCCUUGCGGAUGGCCCGCUUGAGUGCCCGGAUAUUUGGAGAAGUUGUCAGGCCAACAGACAGUAAGUCCAUGAAAGUAGUGAAGCUGUUCAGUGAGCAGCCUCUUGCCAAACGGAAGGAGGUCUACGAUUGGUAUCCCCCUCACAACACUUACUUCGCGCUAAUGAAGAAACUCCGCUUCUUUGGCCUCUACAGAGAUGAACAUCAAGAUUUUAAGGAAGAGAUGAGACGACUGAAGAAGCUCCGUGGUAAAGGAAAGCCCAAGAAAGGAGAAGGAAAGAGAGCUACCAAGAAGAAAUAAUGCUACUUUGGAAAUUCAAUAGACUACUUUGGAAAUGUCAGAGCAAAAGCAACCCUAGUCCUUUGUUCCCAGCCAGGAGGUGGCUUUGUAUGCAGCUGAGUUAAUAGCUGCAAGGGAAGGGGCAUAAGCAGUCUCCUGGUUAUUAAACUCUGACUUGAACUCUGUUUUAACUAGGUCUCUCUGAGCGCUCAAGAGUUGGAGGGAUGAUUUUUUUCACCAGUAACUGUAUGUAUGGAAAUAAUUCAGUAUGUACCAGCACCCAUGGUGGUGAUGAUUUUGGGGUUUCAGUUGCUAUGCCUUUCUACCUGAGUCCAUAAUAAAAAAAAAAAACUGGACUACAUAUUUGCCA